CUGCACCUCGAAGACUAGUGAAGGUAUAUCAUCACAUAUGUUCUAAAGGAUCAUCUUCGAGGGGUUUUGUUCUACAACAACAUCGAUCAAUCAAUCUCUAAGUAAAGUCCUUCGGUGGAUUCCAGAAGGCGAACGGAAGGCUUGUGGAUUCAAGGCAGUGGCGGUCAAGCAUUCAGAGAGGUAUACGUGGAUUCGGCAAGAUCGGGUUUAGGUUUGUGGAGUUCAAACUUAUAGUAAGAGUUCUUGUAACCUCGUGUUUAGUAGUGCUUGAUUCCUUCCCGUGGUUUUUUUCCGUUUAGGGUUUUCCACGUAUAUCCUGGUGUUAUCUUUUGAUUGUUUUUCGUUCCUGCAUUUGGAUUGAUUGGUGGUUUAUUUAUUAAAGAAUUCAUACAUAGCAAAUAUUUAUAAAUCUAGGCGAUUUAGGGUUUUUCAUUGUACUUGUAUAUUUCUGUCAUUGCUGAAACAAUAAGACCAUGUUUGUCUUUUUCCCAUAAAAUUGAUUGAGUAUAGUACAAUUCCUGCACUGCCAUUGCCGCAUAAUUUGUACUCUCUCCGUCUUUUUUUAAGUGUCUUGCUUUGUAACUCCAACUAAUUAAAAAGACAUCAUCAUUAUACAUUUCACAUCAACUUUUUCCUCCACUUUCCAUACUUACCUAUCAUCAUUACACUUUUACUCACUAACUUUUUAAAAUGGAAUAUACUUUUAGGAACAAAAUAGACAAUGCACCAACUUUUACCCACUAACUUUUCAAAAUGGACACUUAUUAAGGGACAGCCCAAAAUGAAAUACUGAACUCUAAAUAAGGCACGGAAGGAGUAAGUUCCGUUUUUUUUCUAACAAAAAAACGUACGUGCCUCAGCAUUUGUUGUGCAUUUAGAUUUAUCACACCGAAACACACUAAUGUUUGUUACAACUUACUUAGAAAGCCUACACGUAUUGCUCUCAAUCUGGAUAUAUAUAGAAGAGACUUGCUGCACUUUUACAUCCUAUACUAACAUUGGUGCCAUUUCCAACCCAAAAAGCCUAACCCAUGGAGAUCCAAAUCUUGUCCAGAAAAUCCAUAAAACCCUCAACUCCAACUCCAAACCAUCUCAAAACACACAAACUGUCAUUCUUUGAUCAACUGGCUCCUCCGGCUCAUGUCCCCCUCCUUUUCUUCUACCCAUCCGAUGGAAUCUCCACCUCCAACGAAAAGCUACAAAAGCUACAACAAUCCUUAUCAGAUGUCUUAACCGUGUUCCACCCUCAGUCAGGGAGGUUCAUCAAACAAGACCUCAUCGUGGAUUGUAGCGAUCAAGGGGUGGAGUUUUUCGGAGCCAAAGUAAAUCUCACGCUCGACAAGUUCCUCUCUUUAUGCCCUGAAAAACUUGAGUUGUUGAACUGUUUUGUGCCGUGGGAUGUAGGCUUUGCUUUCUUACCAACUGCACCCAUGGUAGCAAUUCAAGUCUCGGUUUUUGAAUGUGGUGGACUGGUCAUUUGUGUGCACGCUUCCCAUGUGAUAGCCGAUGGGUUCACCGGCAGUAUGUUUAUCCAAGCGUGGGCCACCGCAAGUCGGUUGGGGAUCGGAGAAGUGGUCAGACCGUGUUUUGAUCUCUUCUCGUUGUUCCCACCGAGAGAUAUUGCAUGGGAGAUUGUCAAUAUUCCACCACCAAACUUUAGCAGCCCCGGCAUCGGCGUUAAGGUUGUUACUAGGGUGUUCUUGUUUGAUGCAGCAAAGAUAGAAGAGUUAAAGGCGGAAGUUGGUGGUUCCGGCGGAGAACGGAAACCUAGUAGGGUGGAGGUGGUGAUAUCAGCCGUGUGGAAGGCUCUAAUUUUGGCCGCUCGAGCGAGGAAUGAAGGGAAGUUGAGGAACUCUGUUAUGUCGUUAUCUGUAAAUUUGAGAGGUAGAACAGCCCUAUCCACACCUGAAAAUCCUUCUGGGAACUUUUACAUGUCAACUCCGAUCGAAUUUGCGCCGGAACAGAACAGUACUACGGUGCCAAAUCGUCAUCACUUGCUGGGCCUCGUACGGGAAUCCAUUCGGAGCUCUCUCUCAACCUUCGCAGAACUCUCCAGCGGCGACCAAGUUUUCUCGGCGGUAGCGAAUUUUCUCUACCAGUUGAGAAAAUCUACGCUGGACGAGAACGUGGACGUGCACCAUUUCGCGAGCAUGUGCGGGUUUCCUCUGUACGAGACCGAUUUCGGUUGGGGGAAGCCUUGUUCGGUGAGUAGCGUUUGCGUGCCAUUGGAAAUGGUUGCUUUGAUGGAUACCAAAUGUGGGACGGGAGUCGAAGCUUGGGUGUCCUUGGACGAAACUUUUAUGCUCGAGUUGGUAAAGGAUCCUGACAUUCGGGGGUUGAACUCUUCCUCAUGUUCUCCUUGUGGAGAAAUUACUCGGUAGCUAGUCUCAGCAGCAUUAUCGUCGCGUGUGCACGUCACGGCUCGGAUCAGUCAUUGCGCAACGAUCGAUUGAAGAAGGGAAGAUUCGGACAACUCUGCCAGUUUUUCGUGAUAGCAAAUUUGUUAUAUAAAAUAAAAAAAAAUGUUCGGUCGCUGAGAUUCGAACUGUCUAAACAUGUUUAUUUUCAUUUUUCACGUACGUUGGAAAAUUAACCCGCUUCUAUGUAAAAAUAGCUUGGGAAAA